AUGCAAGCCUUUGACAGCUACGCGUCGGCGAAGGAUAUGAACGCCAUGGCCCAAGGGCCUCCGGGCAUGAACCCGUACGGCAUGCUGCCAGAGGCCAACUGGGGUCAAUGGUGGUCAGCUGGCGAUGCUGCAUUUGCCGACUCUGCCAACGUAGCUGCCCCAAACAUCUUUGGUCACGACAAGCCAUUCCCCAACAACGACAACUAUACAUUGUCCCAAGACACUUCGACACAAUGGGACUCCCCUUCGACCUCAACACACAGUUAUCCCGUCCCCUCACCCUCGACCGAAGCCACAAGCUUAGACCUCUCGCCAGGCCGCGAUGAAGCAGGCCGUCGCGCAUCUUCUUCAACCCAGCCAGAUCAGCGAAAACGUAAACGAAGCACCGCAACAGCGACAAAAUCCAAACCGAAACCCCCAGCUGCAAAGCCCGCGAGACGCGCCUCAACAAGGAAGCCCUCUAAAACGGAAUCUGUCGCAACUACAGAAAAGCCUAAGCGAGGCAGCAAGUCGAGGGCAUCCGCCAAACAAAAGCAACCUGAACAAGAAGAAUAUGAGCAGGAAGACGAAGACACAGAGUUGGACCCCGAAGAAGUAUACGACACGCACAACAAAAAGAUCCAAGAGCGAAACAGAAUCGCCUCCAACAAAUUCCGCGUCAAGAAGCGCGAAGAUGCGAUCAAACUCCGCGCCGACGAGGAAGACAUGGAGCGCGUCAACCGUGAUCUAUCGAACUGCGUGUCCGACCUUACCCUCCAAGUCUACGAGCUUAAGAUGAGGCUUCUGCAGCACACAGACUGCGACUGCUCGUUGAUCCAGGAAUACAUCGCGACCGAGGCGCAGCGCUAUAUCAAGGAUCUCGGCGACGGAAAACAUCCCAACUCUACGCCCCCUAUUCCUCCUCCGCAUAUGUCUCAGCAGCAACAUCACCACCAUUAG